AUGCUCAUGGACCAGGGGAGUUCGACAGGUCUCGGAUCACUGCUGUAUUGUGACAUGUUGAAGGAGCUCAUGGGUGAAGUCAAAGGUGGAGAUACCAUUGGAUUCAUAGGGAUUGCCUGUCUAUACCCUAUGGUCAUCCCCGGCUUCCUAACUCCUGCAAACCCGUCUUCGAAUGGAACGCCAGCAUUGACAUGCUGGAUCCCAGAUUGGCGAGUGACCACCAUCAUCUUCUUCUUGGGACUAGGUAGAAAGUUUGACCUCAUUCAAUUACUCAAUGCGAGAACAGUGGGAGAGGCCACGGAUUCACGGGUUACCUUGAGAGGCGAGAGACGGGCCUGUCAAUUUGACAGGUUGGCCAACAUAUAA